GCAUUUCGCUAUCUGUCGUACUCAUGUGAUCGCUGUCAAUGGUCGCCCGAAGUGUGUGCCCGCAACAGGUUCCUGACAGUAGCCGUCUGCUUCAUCGUCGCGUGGCUAGUGGUGCAGUUGAUAACCACGCAGCAAUGUCUCAAUCAGAGCCAAACGUACGCGAUAUCGCAAAGCUGGAAGCACUCCUGUCUACGGAAAAUCGUCGACAGUCUAGUGUCGUCAGCCGUCCAUUCAGACUGCAUUGCGGCGGUUGAAAAGCUUGCGGAUGGUACACGGCAGCGAGUGAUUUAUGCAAUAACGCCUACUUAUGCACGUCCGGUCCAAGAAGCCGAGCUGACGAGGCUUUGCCAUACAUUUCGUCUGGUUCCUCACUUGCACUGGAUCGUUGUCGAAGAUUCAACUGUUCGAACAGCUGCGGUGUCGGACUUGCUAGCUCGCUGCGGCGUGGCCUAUACGCAUCUGUAUGCUGCUACUCCGGCAGAUCGCAAGCUGAAGCCCGAGGAUCCCAGCUGGCUUCUUCCGAAAGGUGUCCUCCAAAGAAACGAAGGCCUGCGUUGGCUACGAAACAAUGCACAGCAGCUGGAUCCCAGCGGUGUAGUGUACUUUGCUGACGACGAUAACACCUACGACCUACGUCUUUUCGUAGAGAUGCGAAAGACCAUCAAAGUGUCGGUCUGGCCUGUGGGUUUGGUAGGAGGCCUAUUGGUCGAGCAGCCCAUAGUUAAAAAUGGCCGUGUUGUCAGCUGGAAUGCAGUCUGGAAGCCGUACAGGCGCUAUCCUCUUGACAUGGCGGGUUUCGCCGUAUCCCUCCAACUUCUCCUCGACAACCCGGGCGCCCAGUUCCGGCUUCGGUUGCCCCGCGGUCAGCAGGAGUCCUAUCUGCUGAAGCAGCUUCUGUCGGGGCCAGAAGAGUUGGAGCCCCGUGCCGAGAACUGCACUCAGGUUCUCGUAUGGCACACCCGCACCGAGAAGCCCAAGCUGGAUCAGGAACGACGCCUCGGCAAGAACGGACGUGCGAAACAACCCAAGCAGGCCGCUGCGGUGAAGCCACGCCCACAGGGAUAGCCACGCCAGCGUGCCUCGUGGAGUGACCGAAGUUGUCGUACGUGAAAGCAGUGCCGAGUGGAACGUGCGGGAUCCCCUGACCAUAGUUCCCUAAUAAGGCACUAGAGGGAAAUCUGGCGCUAGUGUCUAUGGGAACUGCAAUGCGCUGCGCUUUAGCCAGCAUGGGAAAAACGGGUAGUAGAUGGAUUUGUCUAAGCUUCAUUCUUUCAGCCCCAUUCGGCUAGUUUAGCUCCGUGUGGCGGGCAGCUGUUUCGUCGCAAGACGAAGUUCAGCCGACGCUCAGCAGUUUCACUUCACCAACUAAACUGUUUAGGCUCACCGAAUCAAACAGGCCCACAAAGUUUACAAUGAUUCAUUCUUUUAUCUGAAACAAAAACCAAAACACAACAAUAAACAAAGCCACAAGUGUGGUCAAAGCUGCGAGCACAAAGACUAGGCAAAUCGAUGCACUGCCCAUACUUCAUUUGUGUAAUUUAUUUUGCCCUGAAUCACACGAGGCUUUACAGAAUGUAGUGGGUACAUAAAAUAACAAAUUUUAAACAGAAGCAUACAAAGUAACAUCAAAAUAACAAUACAUUUGGAGAUACGAUGUUAGCUAAUACAGCUGAAUGCGAAUGUAGGUAAAAAAUACAGCACAAAAGUAGAAAAUGUAGCAUACAAUGGAUAUUUUAUGCGUCAUCAAGUUAAUGAUUUUGUAGGGUAGAAGAAAACAAGCCAUGAUUUGAAAUGAAAACAAUGUCAGAGAGAAGGUGGUUCCAGUGGUAGAAGAUGCGUGGGACAAAGAAAUGAUAGAAAGUGUCCGUGUGGCAGCUGAUGACGUGUCCUUUAUGGUGACAAUCUAAAUGAGCAAAGUGAGGAGAUGGUGUCGUAAAAAACCAAAGCUUUCAAAACUGAAUGACUGAAUAUCUUAUAUAAAAGUAUGAGAUAAGAUGCUCUGCAACGUGGUUAAAGUGACUGCAAGAAAAAGGGCAGAUAUCAUGGACGCGACAAUGUUCAUGCAAUGGUUAGGUAAUAUAAAGCUCGCUGCGUUAUUUAGCACUUAUUUCAAGCGACUAAGUUCAAUUACCAUUGAAAAAAGUCUCAAAUGAGCACGAACAUUCGAGUUUUAGACGUACUAGUGUUUUAUACAUUGAUAAUUCCUCAACUUAAGGGGCACGCGACUAAAGGCUGCUGCUGCGAAGCCAUGCCCACUGGGAUAACCGUGCCUUGUGGAUCGACCAAAGUUUUUUGUGGCGGCUGAACGAUGACAGUGCCAGAGAUCCCUCUAGUAAAUGUUGUAGCGCCUGACGACUGGCCUCAGUGCUUGACUGGCACCUGGACUACCUUCACACAUACUGCAUCUAUUUGUCCUAGUCCUACUUUGCUUUCUUUUACGACGGUUUCCACAACAAUGAGAACGUUGUUAGCCUAC